UUUGCCCGGGCCCCGCAGACUCGAGGCCGCGGCUGUUGGGAGAGCAGUGUUGUUAUUCUAGUUCGAGACACAUCGCGCGUUGUUGUUUGUGCUCUGAAACCAUUAACCUCAUUUCAAUCCAAUCUCCUGCUGCCCGCGCAACCACCUCCGUCACCAAAAUUCUGGCCCAUCUGUUCAUGGCACCUGUCACCCACCUGCUUUACUUUGAUCUCUUCGCUCACUACACCUAAACAAACCUCGUCACCUUAAUCUAAUAAAUUAAACUACCCACACCCUCCCUUCUGCCUUCCCUCCCCCUUCUCCUUCCUCUUCCUCUUCCACGGCACACCUCUCGGCCCUGAUCUGAUCUGAGCACGUCGCUCCCACCUCUGUCUCUCCGCCUCUCUACAACUACCGCUUCUCCUCUACAGCUGCCGUUAUGGACCCCACGCCCUCCCCACCUCUCGAUCGUGCCUCCUCACCAGACCCCUGGGUCUCACCAUCACUCGCACUCAAUGCAGUGCCACAACUCGACCGAUCCGUUUCUACGGCUUCUACAGUCUCGUCCAUUUCAGGCCGGUCCGCUAGCUCCCGUCUUUCCGACAGUGGGAUUCCUGGGAGGAGAAGAGGCUACAUGCGACCCGAGGGCACCGAGUUCUCGCGGUCCGCCCGGAGCAGAGAGAGUGUCAUGAACCUGGGCACCAUUGCACAUCUACAAUACUACUUUGCAAGGACUGGUCUGCUGGACGAGGCAACAGGCAGAGUGGCUAAGAAACGGAAGAAUGGCACACGUACCGUCAGUGGUUCCGAUCGUCCUCUGUCCGGCGCCGACGGCGAGUUGUUCGACCAGUUGGGAGAGGGGUUCGUGGAAUCCCCCAUCGACGACUCGGCCUCAGUCGCAUGGGAAGACCCGGAGCCCAUGAUGCUUCCACCUACUGUCAGCACCUACAAGAACACUCCCAUCUAUGUUCCUCCGCCACCGGAUAUGACUAUUCUACGAAGGGAACUACGCGAGUCCUUGCAGGAAAGCUCCACACAUUUGCAGGAGCUUGAGAAGAAUUUUGGUACAACAACUACGGAGGCUACUUCCAACGAACAACAAGGCAUGGGUGAUAUGACGCCAGGAGAUGGCCGAAGCUCAAGGCAGUCUGCAGAUGCACCUGGUUGGCACCAGAUUCAGGGACUCAAUCUUCUCGACGUAGCCACGCUUGCUAUUCGAGCUGCCAAGAACUAUUACACCGCACACGAAGAUCCACAGCGGCUAUAUGCCAUCCGAUCCGAGCGAGCGAUACGCAAGGAGCUUUACGAUGUUCUGGAGGUUCUUAAGCGUCUCGCCAUACGCAACUUUGCUCACGGUGUACAGCCGUCCGAGACAGCAAGCAUUAAGGACUGGGUUGACGGCAUCACCAAGUUGCUCGACACCGAGGAAGAAUUGGAACGUGCGGAGCAAGAGGAGAGAGAGACGUGGAUCUGGCGAGAAGGCGAUUGGACUGGACGGGAACGAGAGCGCGAAUUGUUGUUUCUACGGUCGUUUGACAGCGAUCCAGAGCCGCUCCCGGAAUGGACCGAGGUUGACACCGAGGGUGCUGAGCUGCCCACACCGUUUCUUGCUUCAUUGAGGACUGGCUUACGGUUGGUCCACCUACACAACGCCUUCAUCAAGAAGUCACGACGCCACUUUGAAGAAAUCAAGCAAUAUCACACCGACACAGCGAAACCGUACCGGUGCGCCGACAACCUCCGGUACUGGGCCAAGGCAGCAGAGCUACGAUGGGAUGUGAAGCUUGAUGUGGAUGUCAUGGGGGUGGUGCAAGGAACAGAGGCAGCUGCCUGGAAGAAGUUUGACAGUGCAUUGCUGAAGUGGAGCCAGCAUGUGCGGGAGGAGUUGAUGAAGGAGUGGAAGCAGCAAAAGAGCCAGACCAAGACGCCCACUCUUCAGAUCGACACUGACUAUGCAGAAGCUGUAUAAGGCAGAAACACAACUGGUCGAACCUUGCUCUUCUGACUUCUUUCUCUUUCCGCCUUCACCUAUCCCCAGUUUUGUUUGUUUUUGUUCUUCUCUCUUCUUGUCCCUUCUCUUCUUCAUCUUCCCCAUUCUCUUCUCACAUGUGCAUUUUUCACUUGACCGUCAUCUUCUUGAUAUUUGGCCAUUGCACCCCAUAAUUUGUACACGAUGCAUCCGACCUGUAGACGAUUUCCUUGUUCUCCUGCUUGCGAAGGGGCUAGACUUGAUUCCCAUUUCGUAUCUCAUUACUCUUCCCCGUUCCGGCUUGUUUGACACAUUGGCCGAGCUAGAUACCCAACACC